AUGGAUGACCCUGUGGGAGACUCCGUGACAGUCCUCGUCGAAACCCCCGUCGAAGCCCCCGUCCAAACCCCUACCGAAGACUCCGUGAAAGAUCACGUGGACAAAGAGAAGAACAAGAAACAGACAUCCCCACUUACAGGCAAAGAGCUGAGCAAACACGAGAAAUGGGGCUUGAAGAGUCUCGAAAUAGAGCAGCACCCGGCCUUCUGGGAACAGGUUAUCUAUUGGUGUAAAGAGCGGUUUACGGAAGCUAAGUGGAGGGAAGUUGUACGCCAGAUUGAGCGGGUUGCAAAAGAAGACAACGUUAUCGUAUUUGGGUGGCAUCCACCAAUGCAGCCUACACAGUUGACCACCGCAAAAGGCAUCCGUCGGCCACUACGCUUCAGCUCUUCGUCACUAACCUCACCGACGGGUCCGCACCCAUUACGCCCAGCACACCUCCCGCGCAUCGUCACAUCUUCUUCAGCAAGUGUGCGACCUCGGUGGGAUAUCGUGGCUUCUGGUCCCCCAACCCCACUAUCUGCCACUUCAGGCCCGACCAAGAAUGCCUUUGCUGAGGGAGGUGUAUGGGCAUCUCUCUCGCCCAAGACACCCGCGAGUGUAGCUUCUGUCACAUCAACGCCCAUCACUGCCGUACCACUCGGACUCUGGGCAUCAGACCCACCCAACGACCCCGAUGCCAAAGCGGCCUACGAUGAAGUACGUAGAGACGUGAAGAAGAUGGCUCUCCAUCUCUGCGCCAAUCGACACGCCCUCCGCCUAUCUUCCGACGGCCAACACGAUGUCAUCCACCCAUCCAUGGUCAAGCCCAAAGACGAACUGCAAGCCUCGCAAUACGUUCUCGACUCGUGCCAGCUGGACCUCUCGUUGCAUACCGACCCGACUUUGCCGGAUAAGAUAGAGGAGCUCGCCGAUGAUGAAGCUUUACAUCUCCGACAUUACAGCAUCGAGACGGUUGAAAAACUAGAAGAUGUCGAUUCAUGGCUCAGUUUCAAUGAACAUACAGGGGAAAUCAGUACUACACUUGACGCACAACGCAAUCUCCUGCGUAUGAAUCGUGAGAAGCGCCAGAGCCGAGAAACUCGACUCACCGAGGAAGCAGUGCACUGCGCGUGGGCAGUCAAGAUAGUCGAAGACGCAGAGUACAUUGUCAAGUGUCGUGCCGAAGCUGGGGACGAGGAUAGCAGCGACGACGAGGGAUACGACUACGAGAACUUCGUACGCAGCCUCCGUAGCGCAAGCAGUAGUUGCGUGUCCCUAAUCGAGAACACCGCAACCCGAAACCUCAUCCUCCGUGAUAUCUCGCCGGACGCAUCCAUCAUCGAAGACUCACAGCACUGCACUCGCACACCAGGCUACAGGUCAACCAGCACUCCCACCCCCACCCAACCCCCCUCUGACCUCCCCUUCCGCAACCACAACAGCAUCCCACCAUGCACUUCCACCCGCCCCCGUCUCCGCCCCCCCUUCAUCACAACAACUAUACCCCCCACCCUCACCCCCUCCCUCCGCACCUCCCGCCGCCACGCCCCCACCCUCCAAGACCUCACCGACUGGGCCGACGAACUCAAGAACAUGGAACGCAAACGCACUGAACUCCGUCUCACAGGCACGCUGACAUACGAUACCGAUGUGCAUCCCGCUCUGCGCCCCCUACCCAGUACAACGCACACUACGCGUGCUGAGGCGAGGAGCAGCAUGGCGAGUAGCGCGAGUAGCGCGAGUUGGAAGUGUGAGACUGCGGUGUUGGUGGAGAGGGAGGGGGUUACGCCGCGGGGAGAUGGGGAGGAGGAGCAGCGUUGUGGUAGUGUGAGUGGUCUUGAUUGCCGGGUGUCGAGGCAGAGUCGCGAGGAGCAGGAUAAGUGGGUUAGGGAGUUGGCGAGGAUGGAGAGUAGGGAGAAGAUGAGGCAGGCUGAGCGGUUCAUGUAG